AUGCGUUGCGUUGUACUUCUUAUGAUUUUCAUAUGUAUGUUAUGCGAUUGUGACAAACAUGAAGCAAGGUUUCUUUAUUUCGCAUAUGGGAGUAAUUUAUUGAAGUCAAGAUUGCUAAUAAACUGUCCAUCUGCCGUGUUUAUAACUGCAGCUAAAGUACCGGGAUAUAGAUUAGAUUUUGAUAAAUAUUCGGACAAUUGGUGUGGUGCAGUCGCUACAAUUGUAGCCGAUGCUGAUGGUGAAGCGUGGGGUGCGAUCUGGGCGAUUAAGGAUAGUGAAUUGGCCGCCCUUGAUAGACAAGAAGGUGUAAACAGUAAAAAGUAUUGCGCCAAAAAUGUAAAAGCAAUAACACCACUUGGUCAUGAUAUAACGGCUAGAGUAUAUCACAUUAAUAGCGAGCCACCAAAAAUGCAACCAGAGAUAAUACCAUUACAGAGACGACCUGGCAAUACUUAUUUACAGGUGAUAGCUUUAGGAGCAUACGAAUGUGGAAUUCCUUCUCAUUAUAUUGAAUACGUUCAAAGAUUCCCAGUAAAUGGUCGAAGGGCAAAAGAAAAAAUUAUUUCGCAGUUAGAUAUUUAUGAAUACCUUAACUAUCUGCCUAGUCAAUAUAAAACAAAAAACUCGAAAUUUCUUAGUAUACAGAAGAAGCUCAUCAAUUCCUUUAACUCGACUCGAAAUGCUAAUCCUGCCACCAUUUGGGUUGAAGCAGAAAAUUGGAUCAGCAACACUUCCCUGUAUCCUCAAGAAAAUGGAAUGGGCGGCAAGAUUCUUCAUGCAUUACAGGCCUCACAGAUAGCAUUAGUUGAUAAUGCACCAAAAGGAACACAGCUUAAACUUCUACUUCUAAUGGAAGGAAAUCAGAAAGUAUACUUUAAGCCACGAAGAUACAAUCUUGAUCAUGUUAUCAAUGGGAACAUAUAUGCAGGUUUUGAUCGACACAACUCAGAAGUGUUUGCUUAUUAUUUAGCAAUGGUGUUAAAUUUCAAGUGGAUACCACCCUCCGUGAUAAGAAGAGUUCACUUACAUAAAGAUAUAAUUCCUGUAGCAACAUCUGGAUUGAGAAAAACAAUGGUAAAGAAUGAUAAGGGCUCUACAUGUAUUUAUGGCAAAUGUUUUUACUGUAAAGUGAAUGACACGGUAUGUCCCAAUGACAGAGGUGAAGUGGAAGGUGCAGCAAUAUUAUAUCUGGAUAAGCAGCUGAAAGUAUUUAAAUCUCCCUGGAGAAGAUCAUAUAAUGCGAAAAGAAUGGAAUGGGAAACUGAUAAUGAUUAUUGUAUGAAAAUUAAAGGAACACUAAGCCUACGAAGAUUACUAAACUUAAUAGAUGUUGCUAUAUUCGAUUUCUUAAUUCAAAAUGGUGACCGUCACCGUUAUGAAGUGUAUAAAGAAUCGAUCAUAUUAUUGGACAAUGGAAAAGGACUGGGAAAUCCACAUAUAGAUGAGCUAGAUAUAUUGGCGCCAUUAUACCAAUGUUGCAUGUUGGCAAUAUCGACCUGGCAACACUUGGAAAUCAUUUCUGGUGGGAAUCUGUCAGAAACAAUUAAACUAUUAUCUGCCUUUCAAGGCAAUAAACUUGCUACAGAAGAACAUUUUAGAGCUAUAGAAAGAAGAUUAUUAAAAAUAUAUGCGACUGUGCAAUAUUGUAUAGGAAGACACGGGAGUUCUAAAGUUUUUAGAAGUGGUUUUUGA